AUGAAGGGCCUCAUCGCCGCUCACGACCAGUUCAAGUCCACCCUCCCUGACGCCGACAAGGAGCGGGAGGCCAUCUUGGGCAUCCAACGGGAGGCCCAACGCAUCGCCGACGUCAACGGCAUCAAACUGGCGGGGAACAACCCCUACACCUCCGUCACCCCCAACAUCAUCAACUCCAAGUGGGAACGGGUCCAGCAGCUGGUGCCCAAGAGGGACCACGCUCUCCUGGACGAGCAGAGCAAACAACAGUCCAACGAGCGGCUCCGGAGACAAUUCGCCGGCCAAGCCAACAUGGUGGGACCUUGGAUCCAGACCAAGAUGGAGGAGAUCGGACGUAUCUCCAUCGAGAUGAACGGGACCUUGGAGGACCAGUUGGACCAUCUCAAGCAGUACGAGCAGAGCAUCGUGGACUACAAACCCAACUUGGACCUUCUGGAGCAGCAGCACCAGCUCAUCCAGGAGGCCCUCAUCUUCGACAACAAACACACCAACUACACCAUGGAGCACCUGCGGGUGGGGUGGGAGCAGCUCCUCACCACCAUCGCCCGCACCAUCAACGAGGUGGAGAACCAGAUCUUGACGCGCGACGCCAAAGGCAUCAGCCAAGAGCAGAUGCAGGAGUUUCGGGCCUCCUUCAACCACUUCGACAAGGACCACGGGGGGGCGCUGGGCCCCGAGGAGUUCAAGGCCUGUCUCAUCAGCCUGGGCUACGACGUGGAGAACGACCGGCAGAAGCGCGGGGGCGGCGCCGACUCCGAGGAAUUCCGGGCUCUGCUUCUCUCCGCGGGAUCGGGGCUGGGGGAGGCGGAAUUCCAUCGGAUCAUGAGCCUGGUGGAUCCCAACGGCAGCGGCAGCGUCACCUUCCAGGCCUUCAUCGACUUCAUGUCGCGCGAAACCACCGACACCGACACGGCCGAGCAGGUCAUCGCCUCCUUCCGCGUCCUGGCCGGGGACAAGACAGUGAAUUUUGGGUCCAGAAAGUGGAUUUUUGGUCCAGAAAGUGGAUUUGGGGGCAAGAAGUGA